AUGAGCUAUGCUUUCUCCAAGGCUGAUUUCUCUUCUCUUCUUCUUUCUGAUCCUCAACCUAACCCUAAUAUCUCAUCACGGCACCAAUGCCCAGCAAAACUUCUUGAAUUCUACUGCGGUAACAGCACCGUCGACGAUGAGACCACCAAGAGUACCUUCAAAACCAACCUAAAAUCCCUUUUAUUUAACAUCUCUUCCGACACAAAAAUCGACUAUGGCCUCUACAACUUGUCCUCCGGCCAAAACUCUGACAAAGUCAAUGUUAUCGGCCUAUGCCGAGGAGAUGUUAAGGUACAAGAUUGUCGCAGUUGUCUCACAGAUUCAAGAGUUGUUCUUCUCCAAGUUUGUGCCCCUAACGUCAGAGAAGCAAUCGGGUGGUACGAUAACUGCUUUCUCCGAUACUCCAACCGAACCAUAUUCGGCGUCAUGCAAACACAGCCAUAUUUCUAUCUGUGGAACACACAGGACGCGUUGCAGAAGGACCAGUUCAACUUUGUGGUGACAGAGCUGAUGAAGUUCUUGAGAGAGAAAGCUGCUUCCCACAACUCUGUUCAGAAGUUUGCAGCGGCGAACGCGACGGGACCGAGCAAUCAAACGAUAUACGGUCCUGCACAAUGCACGCCGGACUUGUUGAACAAGGAUUGCAAUAAUUGCUUGAAUGGGGCAAUCUCUGAAAUCCCGAAAUGUUGCGAUGGAAUGAAAGGUGGAAGAGUGGUAAGACCCAGCUGCAACAUUAGAUAUGAAACCUACAGCUUCUUUGAUCCUACUGCUUCACAAUCUUUCGCAUCACCGCCGUUGCCACCAUCUCCUCCGGCAGUUCUUGAUUUCGUACCCAAACAAGGAAGGUGCAACUCAUCCCGAGCUAUAAUUGCCGUGGGAGUCCCAAUUAUUGUGUUGCUGGCAGUGCUCAUCUUUGUGGUCCUACUUAAAUCCAGGAGAGACAAAAAUAUUGAAACUAAUAAGUCAACAAAUAUUUCAUGUUCUGCAUCAAAUCCGUAUGAGGGAAUAUUUCACAGGUGCAAGAUGGUCGAUACCGUGGAAAUCCAGGAGUCAAUAAAACCGUAA